AUGCCUGCCUCGCGAAGCAACACCAAGGCCUCGAGAACCAAGCGAUCCGACGAGUUUUCACCUGUUGAACUCGCUGGAGACGUCGACUGCACCACUCCAGCUGCUGGGAACAUGUUGACCGAAGAACAGAUCAAGCUGCGCAAUAUGAUCCCCGCCUUGACUCCCGCUCACGGACCCGAAUCGACUGCCACCGCCAUUUUGGCCGCGCUCUCCCUGGGCAGCCAUCGUCCCAACUCGCACACUCGCCGCAAGUCGGAUGGUCAUGUCAAUCGUCCACCGAAUGCGUUUAUUGUGUUCCGCCGCGCGCAGGUUCAGAACAUGCCCGCCAAUGUCACCCAGCACCAACAGCGCAUCUCGAAUCUCACUGCGCUUUUCUGGCGUGUUUUGACAACCUCUGAGCAGAACACAUGGUAUGCUCUCUCGGAUGACAUCAAAAAGUUGCACAACAUCCUCUUCCCCGACUACAACUUUAACCCUCGCAACCCAGACGGGACGAAAAAGUCGACACUCCCUCGUGCAGGUCUUACACCCGAGAGACUCGAGUUUGCAUGGAACGAGGCUCAAUUGCUCAUCCAAAAGCACACUGUCAUGGGCGAGCACCCACCGGCGCCACCUGCAUCGCUCACUGGCAAGAUUGCCCGCCCCAAAGCUCCUCGCAAGGGACAGGGCACUCGUGCCAAGGAACGCCGUGAGCAAGAAGCUGCUCAACGCGCUGCUGCUGCCGCUCAGGCUACGGCAGAGGCCGCAGGCACCGGCGCCAGCAGCGUCUACUCGCCCGAGAUGAUCUCGUCCAAUACCUUUGUGCAAUCUUACUUUUCAACCGUCGACGAGGAGUCUUCAAUUGCUUCUCCUCCAAGCGAUUCGGCGAUCGCCUGGCGGCCAGAUUUCAGUCUCGAGGGAUCUGUCUCUUCUCGCUCCAGCCCCACCAACUCUUGGACCGAAUUGGUUGGGCCGCUUGAUGCUGCUCCCGACGCGUUUGAAAACGGCUACACGGGCAAUGACUCAGGCAUCUCUACGCCUAUCGUCGUCGAAGAGUACCCAAUUGGUCACUUUGGCGCUCCAUUCUCACACCAGACCUCACCAUAUGAAGGCCAUAUUCCAGUCGCGAACGCCCACGUCUUCGCCGAAAUGAAUGUGAGCGCCACUUCGUUCAACGCGCCCGCGAUGCAAAAGCAAGUGCAUCACUUCACUGUCACGCCAUCGAAUGAUGGCUACACACACUAUUACCAGCAACAGACCGGCCCCAUGAAUGCAGCGACUAUCCUUGGCCCAAGCGAAUUCUCCACCUCGAUCACGGGAAUGGCGAGUGGCCAAGUUGAAGCUCAGUACAUUUUCCAUGAUAUGGACCCUACUGCUACGUACAUGGAUAUUCCAAGCACCUAUGCCGCUACUGCCGAGUAUGCUUGGUGA